CGUUCACGACAACUAAGGAGCAGUUGGAGGAAGUGUUUAGUGAAGUUGGACCCGUCAAGAAGAGUUUUGUUGUCACAGAGAAAGGUGUGAAAGAGAAAUGCAGAGGAUUUGGAUACGUCACUUUUGCCCUAAGAGAGGAUGCAGAGAGGGCCAUGAAGACAAAACUCUCGCUCGGCAAAAGAAAGCUCUUCCUGUCCUACUCCAGGAAGAAAGCACCCAGAAAGAAGGAGAAGGCAACAGCAGAGCAGGAUGAGGAAGACAAAGUUGAUAAAUCCCCACCGGAGAGAAGACUGGGUUCGGCUAAGCUUGAUAGGAAACAGGGGACUGUCAAAGGAGAGGCCAAAGACAAAGAGGGUCGACUGAUCAUAAGAAACCUUGCUUUCAGUUGUUCAGAGGAGAGGUUAGCCAAAGCCUUUGCCCGGUUUGGAGACAUUACGGAGGUUCACAUACCCAGCGACCCUACGGAUCCUAGCAAAGUCCGAGGCUACGGCUUCGUCCAGUUUGACAGCCUGGACUCUGCUUCCAAAGCAGUGAAGGAGAUGAACGCUAAAAAGAUCAUGGGGAGGCCGAUCGCUGUGGAUUGGUCACUGUCCAGGGACAGAUACUUGGCAGCAGCAAAGACCGUCCCCGCAGGAAAACAAAAGCCUAAAGAUACAGAUGAAGAGGAAAAAAGUGAUGAUGAAGAAGAUGACGAAAGUGAUGAUGAAUCUGGAGUAGAGUCUUCAUCAGAGGUUGAGGAAACGAGAGAUGAUGACGAAGAUGAUUCUGAUGAUUCACCUGAUUCAGACGAUGAUGAUGAUGAGGAAGAAAUGGAAGAAGACACUAGCAGUGAAGAUGAGGGCAUGGCAUCCAAUGAAGAUGGCAAAAGAAAAAGAACUCACAAAAACACAGAGCAAGAAUCAAACAUUGCAAAACGGAAGAAACUCUCAAAUGACGUUGGUGAAGGAAGAACAGUCUUUAUAAGGAACAUUUUGUUUGAGACCACAGAAGAAGAGAUACACGAAUUCUUCUCUGAGUUUGGUCAGAUAAUGUACUGCAAGCUAGUGGUGGACAAAGCAACGGAGCACUCCAAAGGAACAGCUUUUGUACAGUUUGCUACAACGGAGAAUGCAGAACGAUGUUUAGAGAAGGCUAGUAAGGAGGGUGACGAAGGCUUAGUUCUUGGAGGCAGGCAACUUCUAGUCUCGUUGGCGCUACCCAGGGAGCAGGCAUCCAAACUCAGAGAAGUUAAGAAGGAGAAACAGAAGAUCUUGAAGAAAGACAAGAGGAAUAUGUAUCUCCUACAAGAGGGAUUCAUCAGACCAGGAACCAGUGCAGCGCAAGGCAUGACCGACGCAGACAUCGCCAAGAGGACCAAACUGGAAUCUGUCAAACGUUUGAAACUCAAGAAUAUAAACAUCUUCGUCUCGCCGACGCGGUUAGCGAUCCACAACCUGCCCAAAGCAGUAGAUGGCAAGAAGCUGAAUCAAGCAUUACUGAUAGCUGCCGGAGACAAGAAGGCUAAAGUCAUCGAGUCUCGGGUCAUGGUUGAUAUGAAGAGCCCCAAUGCCGAGGGUCGAGGUAAAUCACUUGGGUUUGCGUUUGCCGAGUUCACGAAACACGAGCAUGCACUGGCAGCCCUCAGAAAGAUGAACAACAGCACCGAGUUCUUUGGAGGAUCCAAGAGGCCCAUCGUUGGAUUCUCACUGGAGAACCGUCAAGCUCUGGAAGCCAAGCAGCGAAGAAAAGAGCGAUCAUUACUCAAGACAAGACAGAUUCAGAGCAUGCAGAAACCUAAGGACAACAAAUCCAAGCAGAAGGACGGUGAAAGCCAACAACCGACUCCAAAAUCCAAACCUCAACCCAAGACUAAGAAGGGCGUGUUGCCUCCCCCUCCCUCCACCAAACUUGAAAAACGGAUGCAGUCAAAGAGCAAAAUGACUGUCCAUGUAGGAGCCAAGAAGAGAUGGCGGGAUCGGGGGAAAGAACAGGAGGCACAGAAGGAGAAACGAAAGAUGAGAAGGAGGCAACUCCUUGGGGAGGUGGGGAGGAAACAGAGGGAGUCGGCCAAGCCAAGAGCCAAGAAACUCCAAGCAGAGGAUGGGACGCAGAAAUCCAGGAGGCAGAAGGGCAGCUCAGAAGAUGCCAAGUUUGACAAACUUGUCGCAAACUACAAACAAAAAUUGUUCAGUCGUGAGACAGCCGGCCAGACGCUAAAAAAAUCCAAAUGGUUCGAUGAAAGUUGAAAGGUUAGGAUCCAUUAUUCUUCUCUUUUUUAUCAAACCCUGAGCAUCAAAAGUGAGCACUUUAUAUUGAAUCCUGUUUUUUUAAUAACAAAUUCCUACUUAUUUAGAAGUUGAAUUCUUUAUAAAUUUCACAAAAUGGUUACAAUGGUGUUUUUGUUUUGUUUUUUUUGUUUUGUUUUUGUAAUAGUCAGUGGCAUAAAAACAAUUAUUUUGUGCGAGUCAAAACUUCAUUGUUUGGAGGAUAACUCAAGUUAAAACUUUUUUACAGACUUAAAACUUGGCACAUACGUUGGUUUUGAGGUCCCUCAGUAGCCUAUUGGUGUUGGGUUCCAUAGGUCAAAGGUCAAGGUAAUGGCUAAAAGUCUUCAAAGUUUUCAAAGUUUUGUUAUCAACUUCAAACUUUGUUGUUUUGAGGUCCGGUUGAUUGGUGUAGAUGUCUGUUUUAUAUAAGAUGGCAAGAACACAUUUGAUUUGUCCUUGAUUUUUGUCAUUUUGGGUUCAUAGUGGAGAUGCUUAAAGCAAACGUACUCAAACCUCAUUGUAAAAUGGUUUAUAUUAAAUGACCAUAUAUUGUGUUUUUCUGUAAUGUAAUAUUACCCUGAAAAUGUAAGACUGGGUAAAGUUGAAUUCCUUAAAUAAUUUUAAUAAUGAUUGUUUGUUUGUUUAAAGAUGAAUUCCCUGCGCUUUUUGAAACAGGAACAAAUGCUCCCAUUUUAAGAGGGUUGUAAGAACCCAAAAUUGCAAAAAAUAUAUAUUUCUUUUUGUCACAACAAAAUACCAAUAUACAAAUUGAGAAUUAAUUUCUUUUAAGAGUACGGCCAUGCAUCUUUAAGGACCAGGUUGUGCUUGAAAUAAUCUCUCUAUGUGCUCCAAAUACAAAGUUAAUUUUUGUAAUGUACAUGUACAUGUUGUAGCAGAUAUGCCAUAUUAUUUCAUGUAAUUAUAGCAACAAUGUGUACGAACUUGGUGUAUUUCAGUAUUGUAAAUGCAGAAAGAGUAGCCAUUGUAUCUGUAAAUACUUUAAUAUUCCACGUAUAAUUCGUAUUCGUUAAAUUCCAUAAUUAUCAGUUAAUUCAAUUUGUCCCAUUUUCAACUUGGAUUUUAAGUAAAAUCUUUGUAAUAAUGUAACUAUGUACUUUGAUGUGCAUGUGCUGCUGCUUUGAAAUUCAAUGCAGAAAUAAAUUCCUAAAACCUUGGUAUUGCAAUUUAA